GGAUUACCUUCCCUUCCAACAGAGUCCAUCCACUGCACGUCAAGCUCACCCGAUUCCCAUUCCCCCACCUCCUCGCCGGCGCCGACGACCAUCCGCCCCCACCUAGCCAGCCAGCCAUGUCCAAGUACGGCACCAUCCCCACAUCCUCCUCCCCGCCGCCGCCGGGGGGCUCCUCCUCCACCACCACCUACCCGCUCGACUUCAUCUCCCGCGCCAAGGCCCGCGGCGCGUCCGCGCUCGCCACGCGCCGGCCCUGGCGCGAGCUCGCGGACCCGCACGCGCUCUCCGUCCCGCGGGGCUUCUCCGACGCCUACCGCCGCGCGCGCGCCAACCUCGCGCACUUCGCCGCCAACUACGCGCUCGUCGUCCUGGCCGUCGUCUUCGCCUCCCUGCUCUGGUACCCCGUCUCCCUGCUCGUCUUCCUCGCCUGCUUCGCCGGCUGGCUCUUCCUCUACUUCCUCCGCGACCGCGACGUCGACCAGGCGCUGCUCAUCUGCGGCCGCCCCGUCGGGGACGGCGUCGUCAUCGCCUUCCUCUCCGCGGUCACGCUCGUCCUGCUGCUGCUCACCGGCGCCACGUCAAACAUCCUCAUCUCGCUGCUCGUCGGCCUCCUCGUCGUCCUCUUCCACGCCCUGCUCCACCGCCCCGCCGACAGCAUCGACGAGGAGGCCGGGAGGUGGUACACGCCCGUGCCGCCGUCCAGCUACUAGCCAUAGCCAGUGUGAGCUGCUCUUCUUCCAUUCACCGGCGUCUAUUCUUGCUUCUUCUUCGGUUGUUAUCGGUGGAAUUAUUAUUGCAGAUGUUCUUGAUCCGUUUGCGCACUUGUUCAUAAAUAAAAUGUGCUUCAAUCGGCGCUCGUUGUGUAUUUGAAUUGUUGUUCCAUUGCAAAUAUUUGUUGUCUCUAGAUGAUUUGUCACUGAAAUUAUGAUUUUAGUAGUGAUCAAUCUGAAGUCAAUUUGGGCUCAA